AUGUCGUAUGGAGCUUUAAGAAAGUAUUCAGGUUCACGGCCGGCUGUGCAGGCCACAUUCGAAUCUUCAAAUGAGAAGUCACUUAUUUGGGAUUCGGAAGAUAACAUAUAUGUCCAUUCAGGUUGUGAGGAUGCGGAUUUAGCGUCUUUGCAAGUCACCAGGGUUCUUAACAAUCCAGGAUCGCCAAAUGGCAUGGAAUCACCUACAUUGAGUGUAUCGGUUUCAGCAAGGGGUACCACAGAGUCAAGUCAGAAUAUUUGUCUCUCGAGCAAUAAUUACGAUUUAAUAAAUGAUAACGGGAGGAGCAGCUUUGACCAGUAUAGUAUAUUGUCGUUAUCAAGCUCGUUUGGGCUACACACAACUUCAAGAGGGCAGAACAGCGACAGUGAUAAGGAAUCCUCUGCAGCAGGGUUGAUUUCAAUCCCAAAGAUAGAAGAAAAGAGCUCUUUUACUAAGAAGUACAAAAUCAUCGAUGACUGGUGUUUGAAUAAUGAACUUAAAUUUUCCCACUCCAAUAACAAUGAUCAUUUGGUAAACAUCAAUAGCAAUUGUACCUCAGAAGGAAAUAACAGAAAGAAGCAGGAAUAUACCGUUUCUAUAUUCCCUUCAAAUUCACAUCACCUUCACGACUCGGAUUUGUAUACACAACUAAGAGAAAUUCAAAUAUUACAUAUCAAGAAUUUCAUUAAAGGCAUGGUACCUAUUCUAAGAAACUUCAAUAGUGAGAUUAACAAUGGCUCUAUAAAUUCAGUACAAUACCCUAUCAAAUACAGUAGUAUACCUUCAGUAUUCUCAGAAAGAGAUUUGCUAUUAUUCUACUCAUUUAAGUAUGACGAACUAAACAGAAAGGCAGAUAAUAUAUUACAAUUUAGAGAGGAACUCUUUGAAUCACGUAGUAAUAUGUCGAAUAUAAAUUCUGACCGUUCCAUAUAA